AUGGCUGUUUCUGCGGGUAAAGCUGACCUUCAAGUGGACAGAGGAGCCCUGAGCGGUCAGAGCGUUUCGUCUGAAAAUAGCAUCGAUAUCGACGAGAAAGAGUUGGAUAAUAUCACAAAGAAACACCGAGGAGACGACAACUCGAAACUGCCGUUGCACUCAUCCUGGACAUUUUGGUUGGACAGGUCAUUACCAGGCACAACUGCUGCAGAAUGCGAAUCCAAUCUGAAGAAGAUCUACACAGUGCAAAGUGUUCAGCUCUUCUGGAGUGUGUACAAUAACAUCCCUGCAGUCACAGCCCUUCCUUUGAGAUGUAGCUAUCACCUAAUGCGUGGCGAACGGAGGCCACUCUGGGAAGAGGAGAGCAAUGCAAAAGGAGGUGUAUGGAAGAUGAAAGUACCGAAAGAAAACACUUCUGCAGUCUGGAAAGAAUUAUUACUUGCUACGAUUGGGGAGCAGUUUGCAGACUACUGUGCAUCAGAUGAUGAGGUUGUAGGGGUCAGUGUAAGUGUUCGAGAUCGUGAGGAUGUCGUACAAGUUUGGAAUAAAAAUGCAUCUCUUGCUAGUGAAGCAAGUAUCUUGGGAAAAAUCAAUGAGCUCCUCCCGUCCAUAUCUUUUAAAGCUGUGUUUUACAAAUCUCACAUGGAACAUCAUGCCUUUGAAGGAGGACGCUCAAGACAUUAG